AUCAUUUGACUGAAAACUGCGAAAUGAGCGUACAGCCAGCAAAUACGAUAGUUACAUUCGUAUUCACCAUAGUCGCGUGUGAACAGUCCAUACUGAUUAAUGAGUAACAUUUUCCUGGUUCUCAAGCAAAAAUUAAGUGCUUGAUGUCUCGUUGCAGCUAAUUAGAUAAGUACUGAAAAACGCUGCACACAGAAAACUUUGGUUUACAAAAAAUAGCUCAGAUGAAUUCAAGUGGCGUACGAAAAGAUAUAUGUUCCCUUACAUCGUCGCGAAAUGUCGUGCCUUCAAUCAGUUCUCGUUCUUUGUUGCUUUCCAUACUGCGAUCGCCGCAGGGGCUCCUGAGAACAAGCGGCACAGAAGUUAUUUUGCUAAAUCCGCACUACAAAUUCGCGACAUUCCGUUAGCAGAAUUUGACGUUAACUCAUCACAAAUAGCGACUGACUACGUUUCGAAUGUUGUCACAAGGCCCCUUGACGGGGGUUGGUCUGAAUGGUCGCCAUGGUCUGCAUGUCAGGCUACUUGUGGAUCCGGAAUACGAAUACGUAAUAGAUGGUGCGAUAACCCUGCACCGCAGAACGGAGGAAAAGACUGUGUGGGUGAUUUCGCUCGUACCGAGCAGUGCAUCACGAAAGUUCAUUGCCCCAUCAAUGGUGGAUGGAGUCCUUGGGCACCUUGGGCAUGCACUGUGAGUUGUGGAGGUGGAACAGCAACCAGAACACGGCAGUGCAACAACCCGAAGCCAUUCUAUGGAGGCGUCUGUAUCGGCAGUGCAAGUGAGCAAGCCAAGCAGCCGUGCAAUGCUUUCACAUGCCCUCCUGUACGAAAGGUGUCGGAAGAAACGAAUAAACUUUUGGAAGAUAUAAAAAAAGAUUUCUUUGUUCCAACAAAUUUGGUGAGAGAAGGCACGCGAGUGGCAAAAGUUCAGUGCGCAUCCAAGCAGUUGUUGGAUAAUUUAAUCUGGGAGCUGAAGCUAAGUGUACGACACGCUAUUCAGUGGCUUCGUAACGGACAACCCUGGAAAGAAGACAAAAGUCGGGUGGAAAAGUCCAAAUUCACACUUGGCUUUAACCGAGUGGCUGCAAGUGAUACUGGAUUUUAUUCCUGUGAGCUCGAUUUACUCGGCGGAGGAAAAAAAAUUCUCAAGGCAUUUUCUCUUAUAGUGCUUUCGAACAAAACUAAUCUGGAAGUUGAUGUUAACAAGCCUUUUGAUCUGGAAUGUAACAGUUUAGCGCUCGGAGCGUUGUAUCCAAACGCUAGGAUCUCGUGGUACUUCAACGACACCCUUUAUCGCAGCUUCAACGAUACUCCCGCGGUUUUGACAAACACCUUGAAAUUUGCAUAUGCUACAACCAACAUGACGGGAGACUGGGAAUGCUUGACCUACGAGAUUUUUGUAAAGCCGGAAGUGGAAAAGGAAGAGAAGUCGUUGUUUCAGAAAGUAAAGGAUAAAAUUAUGGGAACGAAAGAGCAGACCGAUAAACCGAUCCAUCCAAAGAUACUUAAUCCAUUGAUGAAGUUGGUGCCGACUCCAGCGCCCGUACCAAAAGUCAUCCCUGGAAAAAUCUGGAUAACCAACAAAAUUCGGCUGCGGGUAAAUCCGCCUCCAGAAUUGUCAGAUCUCGUCAGAACACCUCAUUUCAUGGGCCUCUGCACGGGCGUGGGGUUGUUGGCCUUUGUCACCAUUAUUGCUUUAAUAAAGGGCAAGGCGAACAACAUGCUAGAUAAUGCACAGGAAAAAGUGCACAAAUUUGCGGAAAUAAAACGGAGCAGCCGCAUACGAAGCAAUGAAAUUGCAGAAGAUAUGAUACAGUUUGACGACGAAACAGAGGACAUGCCGAAAGCCGAAGUAACUGCGCCAAGCCUGAUAUAAUCCAGUUACUAUUUGAAUAGUUUAACGUAAAUUGUUUCGAGAGAAAUCAUAGCGCAACUGAAUUGCUUUAGUUCCAAAUGUUAUUGGGAAAAAUUCGCGUGAACAUCGCUCUUUCGGUUAAAACCUCGGCAUAAUUGUUAAUGUCGCGAUCGUUAGAAAUAAAGUUA